AUCGCGAAACUUAAAUUUAUCUCGUAGAUCAACGGUCGAUCCUUGCUGCUGCUUAGCUAGAGAAGAAGUGUUUGUCGCGUGUGAAAAAAGAAAAAUCGUCAAACUGCAAGCGUCACUGUGUGAAAAGGAACAGAAGUCAGAAGUUUACUUGUGAAUUUUUCCUCCCCACGAAUUCGCGGCUCAGGGAAUUGGUGCGACGCCAAUGUUAAGCCCUGUUACUACGGUGCAACUGUGGAAGCAUACGGUUUACAAACGGAAGAAUUGUGUGCGCGCCGAAAGCUCUCCCACUAGCGCGGAUACAAAUGAAAGAUAGCGCAGAGAAGAUUUCGAAAUUAGAUUUAUGGAUUUUUAAGUGCUUUAUUGUAUAAAGAUUUGUGGCGCGAUUCGGUUUUCGUAGAUUUUGCUCCCUUUGCUCUGCACCACACCGAUUCCUUGAGGGAGAGAACAACGCGUGCACGAGAACGUACGUGCCAGGGCUGCAGAUGCACAAGCGGAAGACCGCAUUUCCACGGUGUUGAGUGUUGAAAAGCGAAGAUUGUUGAUUUUGGGAAUUACCACCGCCGCCCCGCCGGAGUGCAUGCGGGCUGAAGUGUGAAGUGGCUUUGUGGAAAACUACCAGAUCUUCCGGCUGUCACACGAGAAAGCGCCAGCAGACACGACAUAAUGCGGAAGGAAUAUAUUAGUUUGGCAGCCGGAUGUUGUUUCCUGAGCAUAUUUUUAACCGUCGUCAGUCUGACGGCUGCCGGUCACAACAGGCUGAUGGAGAGUGUGAUGCUCAAUCGUGAUAUUUUAGAAAUGCUGCGUCACGGUGGUUUCGAUAAACGGCAGCCGGCUCGAAUAUUUCUGCCUCCUAAGUUUUACUCAUCACUGGUUUUCGACAGUGGCCCCCGCAGCCCGGAGGACAUUCUUCGCACCAAUCUUCAGCUGAUGAUGGAGGCGGUUUACGAUGGUAGCCUGCUGCAGAUGAACCCACCAGUAUCGUCCAAAGCUAGUGCCGUAAAUCGACCAAACGCGAUUCCGUAUGCCAAAGAGGGCGCCGGAAAUCACAAUAAAGGAAGAGAAACAUUAGCGAAGAAUAAGGCAACAAAUUUGAAAGUGUUCUCACCGUCAACGUCGUUGACGGCACCUUACCCGGCAGCUGCCAGUAGAAAGUCGUCAUCGUUAGCGCCGCUCCAGUCAAUCAUGGCAGAUCAGACGAGAAGCGAGGUGGCGCAAAUUAUUCCCAGUGCCGAUAGAAGAGUGAACGCAGCCACCCGGAGUGAUCACAACCGUGGAUCAUCGUUGGGAUAUAAUCUCCGGCUUGCGCUGCCUGGGGAGCCCGAUGUUGAUUACCCGAUUCUAGGACACAUUCCAGACACGGGUUUCUCGUGCUUCAAACGACGGGACGGAUACUACGCUGACGUGGAGGCCCGCUGUCAGGUAUUCCGGGUGUGCGCCAACACGGACGACACCGGCAGUGGUUUUGCCUUUCUCUGCCCGAACGGGACCUUGUUCAAUCAAAAGUACUUUGUCUGCGACUGGUACAUGAACGUACGCUGCGAGGAAAGUGAAAAUUACUACGACAUGAAUGAGCAACUGGGCAAAAGCACUGCCGAGUUUGGCCAAAUGAUGGGAGCCGUGAUGUCGAUGGUUAGCUUCCCGAUGGUGUCUUCCCUGCUGGGUGAUGGCAAAUUUGACAGCAAUGGGAGAAAGUCUCUACUGAAGAACGACUAUGUGAAUCGUCAGAGUGACGGUGAUGGUAAAGGUGGCACGGCAAAGCCGUGGGACCAAACUCAGUACACCCGGCAGCGGCAGCAGUCCGCAGGAGGGAAACCACAUACUGGCGAACGAAACGGCGAAGACGAAGGGUACCAAUCAAAAUUCAAUCAGGGAAGCACUUACGGAGAAAAUGCAGCUGGAAAGGCCGGGUACGUGUCGACAGGCGUGCCCGAGCAAGUGUAUGUUUCCAGUCUUGGAACGCUUUCCACUGAUCCACAAUCCGGGUUUGAUCCUGCCAGGUCUACGUUUCUUAUUCCUCCUACGAUGGGAUAUAAUGCGGUUCCGCCUCAGCUGAAUGGAGACUUUCCUUCUUUGAACUUGCAGCAGCAGCUGCAGCAGAAAAAGCACCAUUAUUCCAACGAAGAGACAUCCGGAGCGCUUCCCAUAUCUAACGCUGAGUUCGAACUUUUAAUGGCGAAAUUAUUGAAAACCUGGACUAACAGUGGAUACGCCAAGACACCCCAGCUGCCAGCCCAGCGACCGAUUCUACCACCGUCUGGCGUGCUACCACCAUCGUCGGGGCCACGUGGUUUUCAACAGUUUCCUAGUGCAGGUGGCAAAUCUCAAAUCGUACACAUUCCAACAGCCCCGCGGAACCCGAAUCUGUCUACGGUUCAGAAUGUGUUCCGGGUGCAAAAAGCGUACGUCGUACCUGCAAGCUACUACCCAGGUGGUACUGUCACAUCGGCAGUCCGGCCAACAGGAUAUCCUAAAGCCCCACCGGCAAUCGCGUGGGCGGGACUCAACGUGCCCCGGGGCUCAGGUGCGUCCUUUGUGCUCGCUUCACUGCAAGACGCAAAAACUAAUCGACGAAACGAUGUGGUGCGAAGGUUAACGGCGCAGCCGUCCAUAACUGCAACUAUCGUUAGACGAAAUCCUCAGUUUGAGGUUGAAAUUAUACCCGCUUCCAGUUAUUACCUGAAUAACGACCGAGAGCGGCAGUCCUACCAACAAACCCUGCACUCCAAUAUCGGAUCGACCCAACGAGUGAUAUCACAACAAAGUCCAUAUAGCGGGACUUCGUCCUACAAUGUGCCCGUCGGCAGUAUAGGACCUUUCUAUUCUGCCAGCUAUUAAUCUGUGGCUGUAAGACACUGUUUACUGGUCUUCACUGUAGUUGGUAUCUAACAGAGAUGCGAUAUGACUUAGUAGUUCAAAGAAUGUUGUAGCUUGUAAGGCGAAAUAAUGAAAUUAAACUGUGUAAAUUCGAUAAAAAAUUAUUUCGGUCAAUAGAAAUGAAAAAAUAAUCAAUUUACCAAUUCAAAUAUUUUCCUUCUUCUAAUAUUUCUUUCUAACCAAUUAUUUCAGCAGCAUUUUGAUAAAAAAUAAUGUAGUUAGUAGAAAGUUUGAAGAUUGAAAAUUACACAUUGUCAACUGUCUAUGCUUGCAGCUAAUUUAAAAUCUCGAUUUUAUUUGUAAAUGAGAUACAUUUCCAAUGCAGUCAUAGUUUAAAAGUAUUUGAGAAGAAUAAAUUCUACUGCAAUACACGUGUAUUUUAAGACUUGAAGAAUACAAAGCUUCGCAACCACAAUACUCGAGAAUAUAUAACUGAAUGUGUUAGUUGAGACGGAAAAGGCUUCUAAAAAAAAUAGUGCAUAUGAGAUAAAGAAACAAACUAAAAUUUGAAAGAUCGGAAAUAAGUCGAAUAAUAAAUUAAAAAGGAUACAGUAAAUAAAAACUGUUUGUAUAUAGAGUUCAUAGUAGUAAAACGUUGAAAUUCAUUACAGGGUUUACGGAGGGGAGUAGAGAAAAAACUGUCAAUGCAACAAAAAGGUAUGAAAACUGGGUAAAAAAACUGAAAAGUAAGGUUAAAUUUAUGUACGAAAAUAAAAGAAUAUAUCUUUGACUG